AUGAGUAUUACUGAGAGUGAGGCCAAUUUUAGCUCCCGGGCUGCGAAACUCGGCUUGAAAGCUGAGGUGCUUCAGCUGCUUGUCGAUGGUGGCGUCAACACUCUUGCCAAAUUUGCGUAUGUGAGCAGCUUCAUUCCGGGUCAGAGUGAUGAGGGUCCUUUUGUGACUUCCAUAAAGGACUUGUUGAAGAGGGAUGCUACCGUGGGGGAGCUUUCGGUGCUGCGCCGAUUGCACUCUGAGGCCUUUGCUUUGGUCGCGGCCGAGCUUAAAUCUCAGGUUGAGCGCACCACCGAUGCACCAGCGAGGAGCCUUGCCGCUCCUGACCGAGCAGAUCGUCUGGCUCGUCAAGUGGUGCGGUAUCCAGGCUUGACUAUCGCCGGGCCUAAUGAACCGAGUGACAGGUCAGUGGACAAGUGUUGUCAAAUGUAUGAAAACAAUCGCCUUACAUAUCUUCCGCUGAGUUGGUGCAUGAGCAAGGACGAUGAGACUCGGAAUUCCCGGGACAAGGAGGAUCGUACCCUCACAGUUGACAAUAGCGGUAAUGUUCACAUCAAGAACGCCGACAUUCGAGGUGAGGCCGACUUGAGCACUGACUUGUUACUAAAGUUCGCCCUCACUCGGCGAGGACUCGCGAUGGAACAGGCCGGAUUGUUAGGUUUCAAAGAACAUGAGAAAUGGGCUGACCGCCUGUUGCACUCCAGAUAUCGUGAGGUGCCUUCGGGAUACACCCGAGUCAGCAUACAGCAGCUGCUUCAAGCCGAUAAGCAAUUGUUUGUCACCGCUGCUAAUGAGUGUCGCAGUGGAGUGCAAGUCACGGAGACCGGUCGUCCAUUGGACGAGGCGUGGAUGCGUUGCGCCGAUUUGACCGAGGUGUCUCAUUUGCUCGCUCCCCUCGCGUCGCCUCCUCCCGCUAAGAUUCCCUUUGAAAGACCCACUCCGUAUGGCCGUGGCAAAGGUCGGGGCAAAGGUUCUGGUAAGGGUAAGCAACCGUCGCGCCGCGAGGUGACCAUGCCAGAGGACCUAAAGGACGGGCACGCAAACACCCCGAAAGGAGUGCCCAUUUGCUUUGAUGCUCAGAGGGGCAAAUGCACUAGGCAAUUGACAGGCAACAAGUGCUUCAGGGGUGACCCAUCACAAGGGGUCUCCUUCUCGACAGGUGCCUAUUGCAGAGUCAAGGUUGGGCUGCGACGUAAUGUCUUGCUCUUCCCGAAUGUGACAAAGUUGGCCGCGCGUUUUGUGCGACAGCAGCUGCCCAGCUUAAAGUUCACGAGCUUAGCAUUCUUUCGCAACGUUCAAACCACACCUCAUGUGGAUGCGCAUAAUUCUUCUUUGCCCAAUGCUGUGUGUGCACUGUCUGACUUCGAUCAGGGACAGGUGUGGGUUGAGAGACCAGGCGGCCAAGCUUGGUGCGACGUUGAUGGCGAACUACGCAGUGGAGUCGAACUCAGCUUGGAUGGGAGUCAUGCCGUCUUCACCGCUCGACGUUUGACUCACGCCACUAGGAGUUGGUCGGGUGAUAGAGUGGUUUUAGUUGCUUUUUCAGUCUCCGCCAUUGAUCAUCUUAGUGAGACUGAUAGUGCUACACUGACCGAUUUGGAAUUUCAGCUCCCGAUGCAAGCCGACAUUCUUGAUGCCGAACAGUCACCUCCGGUUUGCUAUGAAGCGCCGGUCGUUACCGGGGGGUGUGCUACUGAUGAGUUUCCAAAACCACUCGGCCUCGCACAACCAGUUCAGACCAAGCCGGUUGACCAGCCUGGUAUUGUGCUCGAGCUGUUUGCCCGUGCAGGCUCUCUGUCCCGAGCCUUUCAUCAGAUUGGCUUUGAGGUCAUGCCCAUAGAUAGAGGAAGUCACCGGCUUCCGUUGGCCAAGUUGUGCUCACUGGAUCUUGCCUUGCCGAGCUCGUGGCAAUAUCUUUCGCAUGUGCUUGACAACUAUCAUGUUCGGUACGUGCACGUUGAUCUGCCGUAUGCCACCUAUGGACCUAAGCAGGGCCUCCGACGACUGUCCCAUGGAUCUGUAGUUCCUGUAGGAGGCGCCGACGCCUCUCAGGUUCAAAGGCUCGCAUUGGCCGACUCCUUGAUGGAACAUGUCAUCACCUUCUUAAAACGAGUUCAACAAAUGGGCAUCGCCUGGUCCAUUGAGCAUCCGCAGUCCAGCUUCCUGUGGCAUAUGCCUGCUGUGCGCCAGCUCACCAACACCACUACCGUGGUGUACGAUUUGUGUGCCUUCGAUUCUCCGCAUCGCUUGCGGAGGCUUUUCUGUCAGCAGGUUGCCCACGCCGUGGCUAAACACUGUGGCUUUGACCCCCUUUUGUCUCCGCUGCAGUCCAGCCCUCCGCCUGUCACACAGCAGCGUCGGGGCAAACUUGGUGCGAGCCUCAUCAGAGAAUUUGGUCGCGUUUGCAGAUGUCGUGUGCCACAGAUUCCGCCUGUGGAUCAUAAAAAUUGCUUGCAGCACGCCAUCGGUGACAUCCCCGCAGGCUCCAAACUUCUCGCCACUGAGGAGACGGGGGAGUCGGGUGGCUUCGAACUUAGUGUUGGUGUUUAUGCAACACCGGAUGAGUUUCUGGAGGAGGCCAAAGGAUUACGGCAUCCCUUCGAGACGUUUGCUGUCAUCCCCGACGAAGUGAAACGAAAGCUUCAUGAGGCCUUGGUGAAGGGCCCUGAGUGGGUACGGCGACGCAUGGGCCCCUGUGCGCCGGUUCGCCGUGAUUCAAUCUUCUGGAGGCAAGCGCAAGUUGAGACCGAUUGA